AUGGCAAACUCAUGUACAUUCUUGAUGGGAGAGGACAAGAAGAGGAAGCUGGAGGAGGGCAUCGGCGACCUCCGGCGGAAGAAAAGAAAACUAUCGAGGAUGCAUUAUGGCGACGUCCCGUUCAUCAUCGGCUAUGCGGCCGCCGAAGCCCGCUUCAGAUGGUUUUGGCUGGGGUCAGAUGAGGCUGACGUACUGGACUUAUCCAAGGAUAGGUCCGACGACGACAGAUCAGACGAGUAUGUGAAGCAGCACCUGCUGACAGAGCCCACACCUACUCUUCCACAAUCCAGGAAUGCAUUGGAUGCCUCUCUGAAAAGCUCUACUAGCAUCAAGCUGCCCGUCACUGCGCAGUGUUACAAGAGAGUCAGCGCAGAGAGCCCCACACUUGCCAAGCAGUGUUUGGUCUCGACCGAUGGCUCCCAUUUGCCAGCAUUUCUGAGUCACUACAUCCUGGAAAGCCCGUCGAGCGCUUCAACAGAGAUGAGUGUAACGUUGUUUGUAAGCCCAGCGUUGCAAGCCGUCUUCAAUCUGCUCGAUAAAUUCAGCGGGCUCAGGCUGAAUUGCAAAUUGACAUUCAAUGCCGCUGAAGCAGACACCUCCUGUCGAGCAGUUGCCGUUGGCAAGAGGCCAGACACCCCAGGCAUGGCGAACUCAUGUACAUUCUUGAUGGGAAAGGACAAGAAGAGGAAGCUGGAGGAGGGCAUCAGCGACCUCCGGCGGAAGAAAAGAAAAUUAUCGAGGAUGCAUUAUGGCGACGUCCCGUUCAUCAUCGGCUAUGCGGCUGCCGAAGCUCGCUUCAGAUGGUUUUGGCUGGGGUCAGAUGAGGCUGACGUGCAAGAGGUCGGUGAGGAACUGGACAUAGGCAAGCUUGUUGAUCGCGUCACGCUGCUCCAGAACAUGGUUUUCGUCUACAGGCUUGUGGUUCAGAUGGCGCGUACUGUGCCUCAGAUGUCGGGCAGACUCCCAUUGUUUGAGAAGUUGGAACGCCACUCAGGCGGGACAGUUUUGAUCUUGGAUAACGGCAUGCGCAAAAGCAUUCCAGACUUCGAAAGGUACAGCAAGGACUACGAGACCAGCUUUGACGCUGUCAAGCGUGCAUAUGCGGCAGCAAAAGCAGCGGCCAAGGAGGCGGCCGCUCAAGGCCGGCAGCCCUUCAUGAUAAGUGCAACGACAGGCCCGCAGCUGGAAGGCCGUCGAAAAACCUACCUUGUGGAGACGACACCCCUGGGCUACUACAAGGAACCAUCUACUGUGCGGGAAGCAAGGGCACUGGCCCUUGCAUGCUGUGAAACAGCCCGGGUGCUCCAUGCGGAAGGCGUUGUGCACAGGGAUUUUCGAUUACCGAAUGUUGUGUGUUUGGGGCCGUGCACAAGCGACGAAGACAGUUUGGGGACGGAGGUCGGGACUUCUGGAGGGAACGAUGAGGACUUGGCAUUUCUGGUAAUAGAUCUGGAGGGAGCCGCUGAAGAGGGGGCGGAAGUGACCCCAGAUUGUGGUCUUGCGCUUGCCAGCAGGGAUGGGGUUCUGGACGAGAACGGGACAUUCACUGCGGCUAGCGAUAUGUUUGAGAUCGGCAUGCUGCUGCAGUCCAUCCUACGCCAGCUUGGAGCGUACCACGGUGAGUCCAAGGCGUUUGUUCGGGCCCUUAAACGGAAAGAACUGAGUGCCCUACAAGCCCUUGAUCAUCCUUGGUUGAGGGGACUCGGGAAUUGA